UUUUCUCUCGUCCUAAAACCGGUUACCAAAACUGUUCCAUAUCGUUAUUUGUUUUACUCCCAUUGUUUACCCCCCAGUCGUGCAUCUCUAGUUAAAGUAAGCGCACAACAAUAUGCCUAUUAUUUUAGAGGGCAAAUCAACCGGAAUUAAUCAGUAUUUGUGUCUCGGUCUGUCUACAGAAACAUGCAUUUAUUCUGCCGAGCCACAAGGCGGCGUGUGUUCUAUAGAUCUUCAGUUAUCCGACUGAGAACUUGUUUGUUUUUUUAAACUAGCCAGUUAGCUAGCUAUCUUAGCCAAAGUCUAAUUGUUUUGUUUUCAAAAUUAUUAGCGAGACUUGCUUUAUUAUAGCUUGCUGGGUGCUUCACAUUGUAAAGCUACUCACUCUCUCGUCAUCAUGGACGAGGAAUAUUACGAAAGGAAUAUUGGAGACUGGGAUGGUCCGGAUGGCAAUCAGGACGACUAUGUUGAAGGGGAGAACGAUGGGAAAGUUCAGGAGGACUGCCUACAGAAGUUCUCCAGCAGAGAUUACAUCAUGGAGCCUGCUGUCUUCAACACCCUCAAAACAUAUUUCCAGGCUGGUGGCUCCCCUGAACAUGUCAUCCAGCUCCUGUCAGAGAACUACUCAGCUGUGGCCCAGACUGUCAACCUGCUGGCAGAGUGGCUCAUCCAGAUGGGUGUAGAGCCAGCUCAGGUGCAGGAGCGGGUAGAGAAUCACUUGAAGAGUCUCCUGAUCAAGCACUUUGACCCCCAGAAGGCAGACUCCAUUUUUACUGUGGAGGGAGAGACUCCUGCCUGGCUGGAACAGAUGAUCGCCCACACCACCUGGAGAGACCUUUUUUACAAGCUGGCCGAGGCCCACCCUGACUGUCUGAUGCUCAACUUCACUGUCAAGCUCAUCUCAGAUGCAGGCUACCAGGGGGAGAUCACCAGUGUGUCGACGGCUUGCCAGCAGCUGGAGGUGUUCUCCAGGGUCCUGAGGACCUCUCUGGCCACGCUGCUGGAUGGAGGAGAGGAUAACCUAGAGAAGAACCUGCCAGAAUUCGCUAAGAUGGUGUGUCACGGGGAGCACACAUACCUGUUUGCCCAGGCCAUGAUGUCCAUCAUGUCUCAGGAGGAGCAGGGGGGGUCGGCCAUGCGCAGGAUCGGCCAGGAAGUACAGAAGUCUGCACAUCAGAGGGGCCAUGAUGCCAGUCAGAUCACCCUGGCAUUGGGCACAGCAGCAGCCUACCCUCGAGCCUGCCAGGCCCUGGGCGCAAUGCUGUCCAAAGGGGCACUCAACCCUGCCGACAUCACUGUGCUCUUCAAGAUGUUCAGCAGCAUGGACCCACCUCCCGUAGAGCUGAUCCGAGUGCCUGCGUUCCUGGACCUGUUCAUGCAGUCGCUGUUCAAGCCAGGCUCAAAGAUCAACCAGGACCAUAAACACAAAUACAUUCACAUCCUGGCCUACGCUGCCAGUGUGGUUGAAACAUGGAAAAAGAACAAGCGAGUGAACAUCAACAAGGACGAGCUCAAGUCCACCUCCAAGGCUAUUGAGACGGUCCAUAACCUGUGUUGCAAUGAGAAUAAAGGAGCCACAGAACUGGUGGCUGAGCUCAGCACCCUGUACCAGUGCAUCCGGUUCCCAGUUGUUGCCAUGGGGGUACUGAAGUGGGUUGAUUGGACGGUCUCUGAGCCCCGCUACUUCCAGCUCCAGACAGACCACACCCCUGUCCACCUAGCACUUUUGGACGAGAUCAGCACCUGUCACCAGCUCCUGCACCCACAGGUCCUCCAGCUACUGAUCAAGCUAUUUGAGACAGAACACUCCCAGCUCGAUGUCAUGGAGCAGAUGGAGCUGAAGAAAACCCUGUUGGAUCGUAUGGUCCACCUGCUGAGUCGAGGCUACGUGCUGCCUGUGGUCGGAUACAUCCGCAAGUGCCUGGAGAAGCUCAACACGGACAUCUCUCUCAUCCGCUACUUUGUAACAGAGGUGUUGGAUGUGAUUGCCCCUCCGUACACGUCAGACUUUGUCCAGCUGUUCCUGCCCAUCCUGGAGAAUGACAGCAUCGCUGGCACCAUCCGCACAGAGGGAGAACACGAUCCUGUUGCUGAAUUCAUAGCUCACUGCAAAUCCAACUUCAUCAUGAUGAACUGAGAAUGACGCUGGUGGGUCUACCUUGGAUGAGGAUAUAGCGGGAAGACCAGGGAGGGGCAGAUGCUCUUGGUUAUGAGCCAAUCAUCCCUGGACGUGUUCUGCUGUGGACUGGUGGACGAGGAAUGGAACAUUGUCAAAUUUGAGGCAAUUUGCAUAUAGACUUUGACCUUGCGAUUGAGUUCUCUUCAAAUGUGGCGUAAACACAAAUUACUUUGAGAAUUAAAAGGAUGUAGUAGUGUAUCAUUGCUUAUCACAGUUAAUAAGUGUCUGGAGGUUUGAGGAGAACUUGUUUUACAGUGCAGCUCCAUCAUUGGUUUCAUUGUAGUUUCCAUUGGUAUGUGCCAAGGUUUCACUGUCCAUUUUCUGUUACUUUUUAUAAAUGUUAAAAUAUGA